AUGGCAUCGUCCUCCCGAACAAGGAGCAGCUCUCCAUUCUCACACCGCAAGCCUGCUCCCAGUCCGUACUCUUCCACUUCCUCGGCCUCGUCGUACAUGAGCAGCAGCAACCGGCUUAUGCCCCGCUCCUGCUCGUCCUCUGCUUCUUCUUACUACAACUCCAUUGGCGGCGGCGGCGGCGGAAGUGGUGGUUACAGCGGCGCCCGAUCCAUGACUCCCAGCCGGUCGCAGUCGGAUUCAAUGUACUUAGGUAGUAGCUCCCGCGGCGGUUAUGGUGGAAGUCGUACCCCGGUUCCGGUUGGUUACGGCUCCGAAGAGCUCUUGGCUGCCGAGUCGCUUGAGGCUCCGAGGAGCGGCGAGAGUAUAUCGGUGACGAUUCGGUUCAGGCCGUUGAGCGAGAGGGAGUUUCAAAGAGGCGAUGAAAUUGCUUGGUACGCCGACGGAGAUAAGAUGGUUAGGAAUGAGUACAAUCCAGCUUCCGCUUACGCAUUCGAUAAAGUAUUUGGACCGCAUACAAUUACUCAAGACGUGUAUGAUAUAGCUGCAAAACCAGUGGUCAAGAAUGCAAUGGAAGGAAUCAACGGAACCGUCUUUGCCUAUGGUGUUACAAGUAGUGGGAAGACUUUCACUAUGCAUGGAGAUCAAAGUGCUCCUGGAAUUAUACCUUUGGCAAUAAAGGACGUCUUCAGCAUGAUCCAAGAUACACCAGGAAGAGAAUUUUUGCUGCGGGUUUCAUAUCUCGAAAUUUACAAUGAGGUUAUUAACGACUUACUUGAUCCAACGGGCCAAAAUUUGCGUGUUAGAGAAGAUGCACAGGGUACUUAUGUUGAGGGUAUAAAGGAAGAAGUUGUUUUGUCUCCAGGACAUGCAUUGUCUUUCAUUGCUGCCGGAGAAGAACAUCGCCAUGUAGGUUCAAAUAAUUUCAACCUGUUCAGUAGCCGAAGUCACACCAUAUUCACACUGAUGAUCGAAAGCAGUGCUCAUGGAGAUGAGUAUGACGGUGUGGUUUUCUCUCAACUUAAUUUGAUCGAUCUUGCUGGAUCUGAAAGCUCAAAAACUGAAACAACAGGGUUGAGGAGAAAAGAAGGAGCUUACAUCAAUAAAAGUCUUCUUACUCUUGGAACUGUAAUCGGAAAGCUGAGUGAAGGGAGGGCAUCACAUGUUCCUUAUCGAGAUUCCAAGCUCACCCGCCUCUUGCAGUCUUCACUAAGUGGACACGGACAUGUUUCACUUAUUUGUACAGUUACUCCUGCAUCUAGUAACUUGGAGGAAACACACAACACAUUAAAGUUUGCUAGCAGGGCAAAGCGCGUGGAGAUCUAUGCCUCACGUAACAAGAUUAUUGAUGAGAAGUCGCUAAUUAAGAAGUAUCAAAGAGAAAUUUCGACUCUCAAAGAGGAACUUGAUCAAUUAAGAAGUGGGAUGGUUGUUGGUGUGAGUCAUGAGGAGAUUCUGAGCUUAAAACAAAAGUUGGAAGAAGGACAAGUAAAGAUGCAAUCCAGAUUGGAAGAAGAAGAGGAAGCGAAGGCUGCUCUCAUGAGUAGAAUCCAGAGGUUGACCAAACUAAUUCUGGUCUCUACAAAGAACUCAAUUCCCGGAUUGGGUGAUGUUCCAGCUCAUCACCGGAGUCUCUCAGAUGAUAAACUGGAUGUUCUGCGGGAUGGCACUUUACUCAUGGACAGCGAGAACAAGAACUCUCCAUCUUCAGUGAAUGCAAUGUCCUCGGAUCUAUCUCAUGAAUCCAAGCUUAGAAGAUCAUCCAGCAAGUGGAAUGAAGAGCUUUCUCCUGGCUGCAGUGCCGUUGCUGCUGAAUCAACUGCUGGUGGACUUGUGAGUUCUUCAAUAUUGGCAACAGAACUGACUCAAGAUCAGAUGGACCUUCUAGUUGAACAGGUCAAGAUGCUUGCUGGAGAGAUUGCGCUCGGUACAAGCACUAUGAAGCGCUUAGUGGAGCAAUCUGUGACUGAUCCUGAAAACUCAAAACCUCAAAUCCAGAAUUUGGAACGUGAGAUCCAAGAAAAGAGAAGGCAAAUGAGAGCCUUAGAACAGCGCAUUAUUGAGAGUGGUGAGGCUUCAAUUGCCAAUGGAUCAUUGGUUGACAUGCAGCAGACAGUCAUGCGAUUGAUGACUCAGCAUAAUGAAAAGGCUUUUGAGCUCGAGAUAAAAUCAGCGGACAACCGCAUCCUCCAAGAGCAAUUGCAGAAUAAGUGUUUGGAGAACAAGGAAUUGCAAGAGAAGGUGAAUCUUCUUGAGCAGCAUUUGGCAUCACUAUCUGGUGAUAAUUCAUCACUGCCUUCUAGUCAAUCGGUGCCUGAAGAAUUUGUUGAUGAACUGAAGAAGAAAAUUCAGUCACAGGAGAUUUCAAAUGAAAAGUUAAAGAUACAUCAGGUUCAGCUUUCAGAGGACAACAGUGGGUUACGUGUCCAAAACCAGAAGCUUGCUGAAGAAGCUUCUUAUGCCAAGGAACUUGCAUCUGCUGCCGCAGUCGAGCUAAAAAAUCUGGCUGGUGAAGUUACUAAAUUAUCCUUGCAGAACGCUAAAUUAGAAAAGGAAUUGUUGGCUGCUCGUGAGUCAUUGCAUUCUAGAGGUGCUGCACAAAAUGGUGGAGGACGUAACGGAUUAAGAUCAGGGAGGAAGGGGCGGUUCUCCUCUGGCAGGGGCCCAAAUGAAAUGGCACUGCACUCCGAUGACUUCGAUUCAUGGGAUCUUGAUCCAAAUGAUAUGAGGAUGGAAUUGCAGGCAAGGAAACAGCGAGAGGCAGCUCUUGAGGCUGCCUUAGCUGAGAAGGAAAUCAUAGAACAUGAAUACAGGAAAAGGGCGGAUGAAGCAAGGCGAAGGGAAGAAUCUCUGGAAAAUGACUUGGCAAACAUGUGGGUGCUUGUUGCUAAGCUGAAGAAGGAUGGAGGAAAUGUCCCCGAGUUGAGUACAGAUGAGAGGCCUAUCGACACAGGAAAUCGUUUGGGUGAGCCAGAGUCAAAUGGGUUUGAUGAUGGUUCUGUCCUAAAAGAAAGACAAGUUAUUGAUGAUCCAAAGCCAGCUGAUGAAAUGCCAAAGGAAGAGCCACUGGUUCUUCGUUUGAAGGCACGGAUGCAAGAGAUGAAGGAAAAAGAACUCAAACACAAUGGAAAUGGAGAUGCGAAUUCACAUAUCUGUAAAGUAUGUUUUGAAUCAGCCACUGCAGCCAUUCUUCUUCCAUGCCGACAUUUUUGUUUGUGUAAAUCCUGCUCCCUUGCUUGUACGGAGUGCCCAAUCUGCCGAACAAAGAUUGCAGAUAGGCUUUUUGCAUUUACUUCUUGA